UGCUCGUCAGUCGAGAAUGGCGUAAGCUUCCGACCGGACGGCCUUUCCGAUCGGUAUACACGCUAGAACGUUUCUCAUUCUUCGUGAUCCACGAGACGCCGGAGGAUCGGUAUCGCGAAACGUGAGUUUACAUCCUCGAGUUGUUCUUCUACGAUCAUUUCCUUCGUUUUCUUUCACUUUUUCAUCGACGAAUGAAAGUUGCCAGUUAAACGUGCUCGAUUUUACCAAGUGCCUCUCUUUGUUACAUUCCGUCAAGUUACACGCGGCUGAUCAAAUACAAAAGCACUUACUUGUUAAAUAAAAAACAGAAAUAGCAUAAUCGUCACAAAGUGGAAGAUUCGUACAGUGACAUAGAGUGUCUGUUAUUUUAACUCUGCGAUCACUUCAGUUUCCAAAGCUGAAACUUUUGCGAAUUCGCGGGAACGUCGACGAACCUCGUGGCCAAGUUUGAUAAUUAUCAGUGACAGUAACGAGUGUGAAAUUGCUGGAAAAUAACUCGUUUCUAUCUGCAAAGAUUUGAAGAAAUAGAUAAACCGAGUGAUCGUGGUCGAUCGGUUAAAAUUGAACGCAAGGUCGGCCGUGUUCCUCGAAAGUUAUUUUUUUAAACGGUCGUCGAACUUGUGUAUUUCUCAGCUUCUUCGAUCGAUUUCGUUCGAAGGAAUAACGUCGAUAAAAAUCGAGAUUCCCCACGGUUGAAGAAGAUUGAAAAGAUCGUUGAUGGAAUUGGUUCAGUUUUUCGAGCAACGUAGUUUCGAAAGUCGUGAUUUCGUUACCGCUCGACUCCUUGAAUCUACCUAGGGGAAGGUGGUCGAUCGCUACGAAGGAUUUCUCGCAACCUUGACCCACUGGGAUCAAUUCGUUGUUACGAUUAUAAAACACGUUGGACGAACUAUGCUUCGGAUCGAAGCCUUAUAGAUAUUUUUCGCCGAUGAGAAAAUAUGGUUUUUUUUAUCUGAACGGUGAACAGUUCAGCAACAUUUUUAAAGUGUUCCCUCGACGAACAAUGUUUCCGUGCUGGUUGGACACGAUUUUCGUGGUUGCCGAGGUAUAAGUUUGGAACUGAAAAUUUAUGUACGUUUUUGGUUUUAUGGUGACAAAAGGUGAGAACGUCAGAACGUGUGAUUUCUACUAUGCGAAGACAUGAAUUCUGGUGCUCUUCAAGCGUGUGCUCGCAAAGCUCAGUGUGGGAGGGGGUAAGUGAAACUUGGCGACGAGCAGGGAAGGUGUUCUCGGACACCAAAAGCUGGGGCACCCUGACGAGGAGGUCCUGGAGGAGGAGGUGGGUCGUAGGAGAGAGGAAAGAAAGGAGGUGACCAUUCACCCCACAUGGACGCCACCCCCAAAGGACCCCCCGUACCCCCCACACCGGAUAUCCUGUCACCAUUAUUUAGCCGCAGAAUAUCCGACCUGAACGUAAGGGCACCGUUCUUUGCCCUGCAUUGUCCUCAACGUUCUCGUCGAAUAUCGAGACAUCCGACACUUGAUGCUUGUCGUACGAAGGAAACGGCCGCCUACGCGUCAUCUUUAUCUUAUACGUGCCUCAAUUUCUCUCGUCUUUUUCGCCGUAAAUUGAAACAAUUGCCGAUUCUCUAUCUCCACGUUGUCGAUAAUAAUAAUCAACUUCUUGGAACACGGAAGUCGAACAUCCGGAGUAACGGUAAAACGAUAUUAAUUGCAAUAUCGGGAAGAUACACUGGUUCCUGGUGUCCAUUGGCGAGGACCACUGUCGAUUCGCGAACGACAGCUCCAGCUGCGAGAAACAACGUAACAGCGCACGUAACAAUAUCACAAUUGUCAAACGGGAGCAGCAGGUCAUUUUUUACCCUCGUUUUUACACCACGGCGGACGUGCCGUAAGUUUGAUGCAUUUUUUACAAAAUCAGUCGCCAAGCGUCUUCGAGCUGAGGAAGUACUUUUAACAGGCGUCACAUCUCGCGCGAAACAUAUCUACAGACUCCGUCCAAAAGCGCCUAACUCCGAGCUGCAGCCUAACAGACCACACAAACAAUGUCGCGCAGCGCUGCCACGCGUCCUAUGCAAGAAACCCCCUUCAACCACGUAGGAAGUCCGCGCCAUCACUAGCAGAUAUCGAAAAUUACGCCUUGUUACGAUAGAUCUUCUUUCAACGACCUCAAAUGGUUCCAGUCUUCGUUACGAAAACAUUGUAUUGAUAUUGUCACGUGACACUAUCGCUACGUAUUUGUUGUUCCUUCGGUAGAAGAAUCAUCGUAGAGGAAACAACGUGAAAUUACGCUACGACGAUUUCUUGUGAACUAACCAACGACGUUGGCCAAAUCAAAACUGAAAAACACGUGCGAUAAAAUCAUCGGAUUGUCGGUGAUACUUCAUUAAGUGGUUAUUCACGAAAAAUAGUGAGAUCCUCGUAACACAAAAUAGUACAUGUUACUAUUAGAAAAAAGAUGCCGGUUAAAAGACACAACCAUCGAAUGAUUAGUAGAAACGUGAACGUAAACAGGCAUCGUGAUUCAACGAAAACAGAGCUAACAGGCUAAUGCCGUCCUGCACCUGCAAUGAUUCGCGAGGACGAAGAAGAGGAGGGACCCAGGUGGAAAUAUGUAAGAGGCGAGGCGGACAUCGUCUCGUCGGCACGGCUAAAGUGCCACGAGGAAGAAGAGGUUGGCCUUAUACAAGGUUUAUAGUUUGCGUAGGAUAGACGAUGAGCGUCGAGGUUGACACGCUGGAACUCGAGGUCUUCGAGGUGAAGGACUGCGACGAGGCGGACAAAGUCUCGGUAGCGUGCACUGCGACAAAAUCGGACGCGGAAGAUAGCCGGAAAGGAUCGACGACUGCCGCGUCAGUGUGCAAUGAUGACGAGAAUUCUGGUACCCGACGAAAAAAGAAGAAACGUCGAAAAACUAGGAAAAAACUGCAGCUGCAACAAUUACAGUUGGAAUCUACCGACAGCCAAGUGCAUUCGGUGGUGAAUCUGCCGUCGUCUUCCGACGAAGUCGAGGCGGUUGGCGAAUGUUCGAAAAGAGACUCAUCCAGCAGCUUAGGUGGCACGAGCAGGCAUAACACCCUAAGGGAAUCUUUGCUCACCGUGCUAGGCAAGCUGGUGAUCUGGAAAGGCACUAGGUACCGUUCGUCUACCGCUGCGUCUUCUUCACCCUCCGCACCGCCAAAUUCACCGCCCGCGACCGAGUGCAUAGGACGUAGCACUUCCUUUUUUUCCAGCGAAACGGAGAGGAGAAUUCGCGCCAAUAAUCGCGAGUUCAACUCACAGUUUAAUUAUGCGAACAACUACAUCAAGACGUCCAAGUAUUCGGUUCUGACGUUCCUACCGUUAAAUUUGUUCGAGCAAUUUCAGCGGCUCGCUAACUUUUACUUCCUAUGCCUGCUGGUGCUUCAGAUGAUCCCCGCUAUCUCCUCCUUGACCCCCAUCACCACAGCCAUACCCCUUAUAGGGGUGCUCAUGCUCACUGCCGUCAAAGAUGCCUACGACGAUUUUCAACGGCACAGCAGUGACUCGCAAGUGAACAAUCGCAAAUCUCAAACGUUGCGAGGUACUAGUCUUCGUGAAGAGAAAUGGUCGCAAGUGCAAGUAGGCGAUGUAAUUAGAAUGGAAAACGAUCAAUUUGUCGCAGCCGACGUGCUUCUUUUAUCUACUAGUGAGCCAAAUGGUCUUUGUUAUAUCGAAACCGCAGAAUUAGAUGGGGAGACGAAUUUGAAGUGUCGGCAAUGUUUACCUGAAACUGCCGAAAUGAUGGAUAAUCAUGAAUUGAUUGGUCAAUUUGACGGAGAAAUUGUUUGCGAAACUCCUAAUAAUUUGUUGAAUAAAUUUGAUGGUACUCUUACGUGGAAAGGACGAAAAUACCCAUUGGACAACGACAAAAUUAUAUUACGAGGUUGCGUGCUCCGAAACACGCAAUGGUGCUAUGGCGUGGUCAUCUUUGCAGGCAAGGAUACCAAAUUAAUGCAAAACUCAGGGAAGACCAAAUUUAAGAGGACUUCUAUAGAUAGGCUGCUGAAUCUUCUCAUCAUCGGGAUAGUGUUCUUCUUACUUUCUAUGUGUUUGUUCUGUAUGAUCGGCUGUGGUAUUUGGGAAAGUCUUGUAGGCCGUUAUUUUCAAGUGUAUCUACCCUGGGACUCAUUGGUGCCUAACGAGCCUAUGGCAGGUGCCACAGUGAUCGCUCUGCUUGUGUUCUUUUCUUAUGCUAUCGUAUUGAACACAGUGGUGCCAAUCAGUUUAUACGUGAGUGUCGAAGUUAUCAGAUUCGUUCAGUCGUUUUUGAUCAACUGGGAUGAAGAGAUGUACUAUGCACCUACGAACACACACGCUAAAGCAAGGACUACUACAUUAAACGAGGAGUUGGGACAAAUAGAAUAUAUAUUUUCCGAUAAAACCGGAACAUUAACACAGAAUAUCAUGACUUUUAACAAGUGUUCUGUGGCAGGAAAAUGUUAUGGGGACAUUAUCGACGAUGUUACCGGGGAAGUCGUCGAUGUAAGUGAGACGAACAAAGCUGCCCAAACACCUACGAUGCGAUGGAAAAAUGGACAAGAAUUUGUUCAAGUUUAUACACCUAUAAGUGGUCCAAACGUACGUCUACUGGAACAGGUGGAUAGGAUAUCCAAUAUAAUUGGAGAGCCAGGCCCAAUUGGCAGUCCGAUGGUUCCACAUAAACUUUCUACAUUCCCAGCAUUGGAUUUCUCCUUCAACAAGGAUUAUGAACCGGAAUUCAAGUUCUAUGAUUCUGCGUUACUCGAUGCUGUAAGAGGGAAUAACGAAGAUGUUCAUAGUUUCUUUCGAUUGUUGGCACUUUGUCAUACUGUUAUGCCGGAAGAAAAAAACGGCAAGCUAGAAUAUCAAGCACAGUCACCAGAUGAGGCUGCCCUUGUAUCUGCCGCUAGAAACUUUGGUUUUGUAUUCAAAGAGAGAUCUCCAAAUAGUAUAACAAUUGAAGUUAUGGGAAAACGUGAAAUAUACGAGCUACUUUGCAUUUUGGACUUUAAUAAUGUUAGGAAAAGAAUGUCUGUAAUUUUGAGGAAGGACGGACAUCUUAGGCUAUAUUGCAAAGGAGCGGACAAUGUUAUUUAUGAACGAUUAAAAAAAGGCAGUGAGGAUAUCACGUCAAAAACAUUGGAACAUCUUAAUAAAUUUGCGGGUGAGGGCUUACGAACAUUGUGCCUUUCGGUCAGAGAUCUAGAUGAACAAUUUUUCAAUGAUUGGAAGCAACGUCAUCAAGAAGCUGCCAUGAGUCAAGAAAAUAGGGAUGAUAAAUUGGAUGCGAUUUAUGAAGAAAUAGAAAAGGAUAUGACAUUAUUAGGCGCUACUGCCAUUGAAGAUAAGUUGCAAGAUGGUGUACCUCAAGCUAUUGCUAAUUUAGCUCUGGCUGGUAUUAAAAUCUGGGUAUUAACUGGUGACAAACAAGAAACAGCUAUCAAUAUUGGCUAUUCCUGCCAGUUGCUGACAGAUGAUCUUACAGAUGUUUUUAUAGUAGACUCCACUACUUAUGACGGUGUCGAAAAUCAGUUAUCGCGAUACUUGGAAACUAUCAAAACAACUUCUGGUCAUCAAAAUCGGCCAACUCUCUCCGUUGUCACAUUCAGGUGGGACAAGGAAAGCAGCGAUACUGAAUACAAUCCUAGCAGAGAUGAACAAGAUGAGCAUGAGAUGGAACAAGCAACAGGAUUCGCGGUGGUUAUUAAUGGGCAUUCCUUAGUUCAUGCAUUACAUCCGCAACUUGAGCAACUUUUCCUCGAUGUAUCAAGCCAAUGUAAAGCUGUGAUAUGUUGUCGCGUAACUCCUUUACAAAAAGCAAUGGUAGUCGAAUUAAUAAAGAAAAAUAAAAAUGCUGUGACUCUGGCAAUUGGUGAUGGAGCAAACGAUGUUUCAAUGAUAAAAACAGCUCAUAUAGGUGUUGGCAUCAGUGGGCAAGAAGGAUUACAAGCUGUACUAGCAUCCGACUAUUCCAUAGGACAGUUUAGAUUUUUGGAAAGAUUACUUCUCGUUCAUGGGAGAUGGUCAUACUAUAGAAUGAGCAAAUUUCUUAGAUAUUUUUUUUAUAAGAAUUUUGCGUUUACAUUAUGUCACAUCUGGUUUGCCUUUUUCUGUGGAUUUAGCGCACAGACUGUAUUUGAUCCUAUGUAUAUUUCUGUCUACAACCUCUUUUAUACGUCAUUACCCGUAAUGGCAGUCGGUAUAUUUGAUCAAGAUGUUAAUGAUAAAAAUAGUUUAAUGUACCCAAAACUUUAUGCACCCGGAUUACAAAAUUUACUUUUUAAUAAAAAGGAAUUUUGCUGGAGUGCUAUACAUGGAUUUUUUGCUAGCUGUGUAUUAUUUUUAGUUCCAUAUGGAACGUAUAAGGAUGGAGUAUCACCAAAGGGCUAUGUACUUUCUGAUCAUAUGUUACUAGGAAGUGUUGUAGCUACUAUAUUAGUCAUAGUCGUGACUGUCCAAAUAGCCCUUGAUACAUCAUAUUGGACAAUUGUUAAUCAUAUUAUGGUUUGGGGCUCGCUCAUUUGGUAUUUUAUUUUAGAUUAUUUCUAUAACUUUGUCAUAGGUGGUAGUUAUGUUGGCAGUCUUACAAUGGCAAUGUCGGAAGCGACAUUUUGGUUCACGGCAGUCAUUUCGUGUAUCAUAUUAGUAAUACCUGUACUGUCAUGGAGAUUCUUCUUCAUAGAUGUAAGACCAACAUUGUCUGACAGAGUUAGACUUAAGCAGAGAUUGGCACAACUUCGCUCUCGCCAAAGUCAAGAUAUACUUCGUACACCAUCUACAAGACGAACACGACGAUCUCUUCGUUCAGGAUACGCUUUCGCGCAUCAAGAAGGUUUUGGCAAACUCAUUACAUCUGGCAAAAUUAUGCGAAAAUUACCGAAUGGUGCAGAUUUUAAGUUCGCCAUGCCGUUUACGAACAAUACCAGUAAACAAGUCAGUGUUGCCACUACGUCACCAAAGGACAAUGCAUCCAAAAAUUCGCACACAUUGGAUACUAUUAAUCUAUAAUUUGGACAUUAUAUUGUAAGUCUUUUUACCAUCUAUUAAAUUUCGGAUGAAUGAUUUGUGAAGCCGUAGCAACAUUAAUAUAAACAAAAAUUAACAUUCUUUUGCAAAUUAAUUUUUUAUUUCAACACCAAUCGAAUUUUCUAAAUACUAUAUUAGAUCAUGAUGUUUCAUUAUAUUUACAUUAUGUUCUUGUUACAUGUAAGACACAAAAAUUAUAUGUACUUGUAUGCAUUGCAAUAACUAAAAAAUAUCUGCUAGCUUAUUAGAUUCAAUCUUUCUGUAUCAAUGCUUCAAAAAUUUAAGUAAUCGAAUUUCAUAUGACAAUAAAGCAUUAAUUGUUUGCAUAAGAAAGUUUACAUACUAGUAUCUACUAAAAAAUACUAUUUCUUUUUUCACCAGAAGCUAUUGUUAGUUAAAGAUUAUUUUAAUACAAUGCAUUUUUUAUAUGAUCAAUAAUUAUUCUAGACUCUUAAGAAAAAUUUUAUACUGUGGAUAGAUUAAUUAUAUUUUUAAAUAUAUAUUUGUUAGUUUUACUACUUAUAUAUUUUUUUAUAUAUGUAUAUAGUUCCUCAACAGCAGAACUUUAGAAUGAUUUUUCUUAAAUCAAAAUGAAAUUAAGUAGCAACUAGUUUAUAAAUCUGAUCAUUUUUGUACGUGUAAAAAUUAUAUUUUAAAUAAGUUACUUCAAUCUGAUACAUGAGAUUUAUGUUAUAAAGAGUCUAGAAUAAAAAGGAUCUCAAAUUCAAAGAAUUCUUCGAGCCAUUGACAAUGACUUCUGAAAAAUUCUCAAAUAGUACACAUGAAGAAAAAUGCACAGGUUGAUUUAUGAUUAUGCAUUUUUUGCUUAUUAUGUGAAAAAAGGAAAAGGAAUCAAAUUUCUUGAAAGCCAUUGUAUGAUAGGAACUGCUAUUAUCUACUUGCUGUCUAUAUUAAUUGUUUAGCCAUUCAUUGAAAUUAAUCAAUUUACUAUUAUUUGUUAACUUGUUACUGUGAAUAGAAAUGUUAAUUUAAUAAAGUCAUGAUAAUGACAAAUCAACAUCA